AUGCCUCCUAGACGCCGUCCUCUCUGUGACUCUAACCGUGUCCCUCGUCCUGAAGUAAAUGGUGAGGAAGAUCUGCCACCUCCACCUCCACCGCCACCAUUCAAUGAUGGCAUACACCCAGCUUUAAUACAACUUAUAGCUGACACCACUAGGCAUCUUGCCGAGGCAAUAUCAAGAAUUCCGCGACCUAAUGAACGAGCCGAACCCGUAGGUUGCUCAUUACGUGAUUUUGCUAGCUAUCAUUUUCGAACUUUUGAAAGAACUGAAGGGCCGAAUGCUGCAGAAGCAUGGCUCACAGACAUAGAUGUGAUGUACACUACUCUCGGCUGUACAGACGAACAGAAAGUUCAGUACAUUGUACUGCAGCUGACGGGUGAAGCAAGGAAAUGGUGGACUGCAAGGAAGAUACUGCUUGGAGAAGGAACAGCGAUCACUUGGGAGAUGUUCAAGGUGGAGUACAAUCGACGCUUUUUCCCUAGAUCCCAAAGGCAAUUGCGGGCGAUAGAAUUCCAGAAUCUUGUUCAAGGUGACAUGACUGUGGAACAAUAUUCCGCUAGAUUUAUGGAGCUAGCUCGGUUUGCGGCCAACCUCAUCCCUGAUGAAGAAAUGAAAGCAGAACGAUUUGAGAAUGGCCUCAACCCUCGUAUCAGGGAGAGAGUGAUUUGUCUGGAAAUAAAGGAAUAUGCCAGAUUGGUGGAAGUUGCAUCACUAGCCGAAAGUGGAAUAUGA